CAUGCGAGCCAUUCCCGCCAACCACCCUGUUGUCGUCUCCGAGCCUCUCGCUUUCCUGCCAGAAACGCGCGAGGCGCAGGAGGGGAGGCGGCAUCUGAGGGAGGUGACAUGUGCCGUGCUCUUCAGUGCCCUGCGCGUGCCCUCCAUCUGCCUUGUCGACCAGGCCACCCUGGCCCUGUUGGCAGCGGGGGCAGCAUCAGGCGUGGUGGUGAACAUUGGCUUCCGCAGCACCACAAUUUUACCCAUCAUGCGAGGCCGCACCGCAUGCAGCCUGCUGCCCUUCUACUGCCUGCCACUGGGCGCCAUGCGAGUCACGGGGCACCUCAGCCAGUUACUGCACGAUGCGGGGAUCGUGUGCCAGUCCAUGUUCACCGUGCGCACCAUCAAAGAGUCGCUGUGCUUUGUGGCGCGGGACUUUGAGGCGGCGAUGAGGGGCGAGGAGAGGGGGGUGCGGGGCACGUGUGAGGUGCCGGGGGAGGGCGCCUUCAGUCUCGCCAGGGAGCGCUUCCUCGCCCCUGAAGUGCUCUUCCAACCUCAGCUCUGUGGCCUUUUUCCCCCUCCCACUCGUUCUGCCCUCGUCCCCUCUGACACGGCCUCUCCGCCCUCUCAAACCCCAACCCCCCGCCUCCCCUUCCCCUCCACCAGGGGCGGCAGGGGCAUACAGCAGGCAGUGGCGCAGUGCAUAGUGGAGUGUGCCGCGCGGGUCAAGGCGUUCCAAGCCCAGCAGGACUGGAAGGCCCGGCACAGCCAUGCGGGAGAGGCGCCGAGUGCGGAGGAGAAGGGGGAGGAGGAGGGGGAACGAGUGCCUGGGGAGGGGCCUGGGGCGGAAGGUGCCACGAGGGGGAUGGGAAGGGGGGAAGGGGCAGCAGGGGCGGGUGGGGGGGUGUGGGGGCGAGUGCCUGCGCCGCUGUCAAGUGAGGAUGUGGCGGAGGCGAUUGGCACCGUGGUGGUGGCGGGAGGCACGUCUGCGCUGCCAGGGAUAGCAGCGCGGCUGCAUGUGGAGUUGCAGCGCCUGCUUCCCCCGCCCCUCGCUGACCGACUCUCUGUGAAGGCGGUGGGGCCGUAUGGCGCGUGGAUGGGCGGCAGGACUGUUGCCACUACAAGCUCCUUUUUAUCAGCAUGGGCGCUAAGCAGGGAGGAGUAUAUGGAGAAAGGACCGUCUUCUGUUCACGCCCUUGCCAUGGAUACGCGUAACAUGAACAGCUAG